GGCCUUAAAAUGGCAGAUGAGCCUAUGGAGGAAGGUGAACCGUAUUCCUACCAUGAUGAAGGAAGUGUGAAAGAGAUUCCUAUUACACACCACGUGAAAGAAGGAUGCGAGAAAGCAGAUCCAGCCCAGUUUGAGCUACUUAAGGUUCUUGGACAGGGAUCGUUCGGAAAGGUCUUCCUCGUACGGAAAAUAAUUGGUCCCGAUGCUGGGCAGCUUUAUGCAAUGAAAGUAUUGAAAAAAGCUUCUUUAAAAGUUCGGGAUAGAGUUCGUACAAAAAUGGAGAGAGAUAUAUUAGUAGAAGUUAAUCAUCCGUUUAUCGUCAAACUGCACUAUGCCUUUCAGACUGAAGGGAAGCUAUAUUUAAUAUUGGAUUUUCUCAGGGGAGGAGAUGUAUUCACGCGAUUAUCCAAAGAGGUUAUGUUUACAGAGGAAGAUGUGAAAUUCUACCUCGCAGAACUGGCCCUUGCUUUGGAUCACCUUCACAGCUUGGGAAUUGUAUACAGGGACCUGAAGCCAGAAAACAUUUUGCUUGAUGAAGCAGGACAUAUCAAGUUAACAGACUUUGGACUCAGCAAAGAAUCGGUAGACCAGGAGAAGAAGGCCUAUUCUUUCUGUGGUACUGUAGAGUACAUGGCACCUGAAGUAGUAAACAGGCGAGGGCACAACCAGAGUGCCGACUGGUGGUCCUUUGGGGUUCUCAUGUUUGAAAUGCUUACUGGUACCCUACCAUUUCAAGGUAAAGAUCGAAAUGAAACUAUGAAUAUGAUACUGAAAGCAAAACUUGGAAUGCCUCAGUUCCUCAGCCCUGAAGCACAAAGCCUUCUGAGGAUGCUGUUUAAAAGGAACCCAUCAAAUAGAUUAGGAGCUGGCUCAGAUGGAGUUGAAGAGAUCAAGAGACACCCCUUCUUUUCUACUGUUGACUGGAAUAAACUGUUCAGAAGAGAAAUUCAACCCCCAUUUAAACCUGCUUCUGGAAAACCAGAAGAUACCUUUUGUUUUGAUCCAGAAUUCACAGCAAAAACACCAAAAGAUUCUCCAGGAGUCCCACCAAGUGCAAAUGCACAUCAGCUCUUCAAAGGAUUUAGUUUUGUUGCAACGACUACUGUAGAAGAUCAUAAAAUAUCACCCCUCACCAACAUAUUACCCAUAGUCCAGCAACUUCAUGGGAACAGCGCACAGUUUACUGAUGUGUACGAACUGAAGGAAGAUAUUGGUGUUGGUUCCUACUCCGUUUGCAAACGCUGUAUACACAUAGCUACAAAUAUGGAGUUUGCUGUAAAGAUAAUUGAUAAAAGCAAGAGGGAUCCCUCAGAAGAAAUUGAGAUUCUCAUGCGUUAUGGACAACAUCCAAACAUUAUUACUUUAAAGGAUGUGUAUGAUGAUGGUAGAUUCAUCUACCUUGUCACGGAACUGAUGAAAGGAGGCGAGCUGCUUGAUCGAAUUCUCAGGCAGAAGUUCUUCUCGGAACGUGAGGCCAGCGCCGUGUUAUACACCAUCGCCAAGACCGUGGACUACCUGCACUGCCAAGGAGUAGUGCAUCGAGACCUUAAACCUAGUAAUAUUUUAUAUACGGAUGAUUCAAAUAAUGCUGAUUCUAUCAGGAUUUGUGAUUUUGGAUUUGCAAAACAACUUCGAGGAGAAAAUGGACUACUCCUAACGCCGUGCUACACUGCAAACUUUGUGGCACCAGAGGUUCUCAUGAGACAGGGAUAUGAUGCUGCUUGUGACAUAUGGAGCUUGGGUGUUCUUCUUUACACAAUGUUGGCAGGCUAUACUCCAUUUGCCAAUGGUCCUAACGAUACUCCAGAGGAGAUCCUGGUACGGAUAGGCAGUGGAAAAUUCUCUUUAAGUGGCGGCAACUGGGACACUGUUUCAGAUGCAGCAAAGGACUUGUUAUCACACAUGCUCCAUGUAGAUCCCCACCAGCGGUACACAGCAGAGCAAGUGUUAAAGCACUCGUGGAUAGCCUGUAGGGACCAGCUGCCGCAUUACCAGCUAAACAGGCAAGACGCGCCGCAUCUAGUAAAGGGAGCCAUGGCUGCUACAUAUUCUGCACUGAAUCACAAGACAUUUCAGCCAGUGUUGGAGCCUGUUGCAGCUUCGAGUUUAGCUCAGCGACGGAGCAUGAAAAAACUAACAUCAACAGACUUAUAGAUCCACUGGGGCACCUGAGCGCACAGAAGCAAGGGGAAAAUCCAAUAAGUGGCUCUAUUUUGCCUGACCUGUGAUCAAAAGGCAUCUAUGGUUUCCUGCUACACUACUUGAAUUCUGUACAAGUCCUUUUUUUAAAAAGAAAAAAAAAU